AUGUCGGCAGGAUACUUUCCCAAGCGCACAAAGGUUGGCCUUGAAGACCUGUUCAAAGGCCUAGUGACAGCAUCCCACAUCCUCCACAACAAUGGCGUACUUGAUGCGUACGGCCAUAUCUCAGUCCGCAGUCCGGACAAUUCAUCCACAUUUUGGAUGCCGUAUAAUACGCCUCCGGCUUUGAUCAGCACCUCUGAUGAUCUUGUCGAGUAUCAUGUUGAUGGAGCGGAAGCGGUCGAGAAGGAUGCAAAACCAGGGUAUCUUGAACGACACAUACACAGUGAGAUCUACAAAAGAUUUCCGGCGAUCAAUACCGUGGUACAUAGUCAUGCUGGCGACGUGCUGCCGUACUGUGUUAGCGAUGUGCCGCUGAAGGCUAGUAUACACAUGGCUGGAUUCCUCGGCACAAAUGUACCUGUCUGGGACGCUUCUGGCCACUAUCCUUCCGGUUCGAAGCAUGAUCUUCUUGUCCGCGAUGCCACCAUGGGUUCGUCUCUUGCUGCAACCUUCAAGCCAGCAACCUCCACCGGGUUCAUCUACUCCAAAGUACGAUCUGCACUUCCCUCUCAGCUCGGGGGCGCGACUUCGGAACCAAAGCUGGAGCCAGAUCAUGCCGUCGUUCUUCAAAAGGGGCACGGCUUUACGACUGUGGCUCACGGCAUUGAGGAAGCGGUGUAUCAGGCGAUAUACACCAAAGAAGCUGCAAAGGUGCAGACAACUGGCUUGACGAUUCAGAACGCGUUUACUGGCUAUGCAGUCCAAGGCAAGGUGGAUGUUGAGGCUGGCGGGAAAAUCAAGAGUGGCAAGGCCAAGGCGGAAGGCGGUCUGCACUAUCUCAGUGACAGAGAGUCGCAUGAUGCGUGGGAGUCUAUUUCAGGUACAAUCGCGAGGCCGUGGGCACUUUGGUCUCGAGAGGUGGAAGUCAAUCCUUUGUACAAGAACGAGUGUCCUGAGGGUGAAGACUGA